UAUAUAUUUUUUUCUUUUUACAGAAAGCUUAACGUUAGAAACAAGACAAUUCUUUCAGUACAGAGCAUUCACGCUGUGUCCUGCUCCCUGCUCAGCGCUAUCCCUUUUUUUUUUUUUCUGUCAGCAUGACGCGGACGAAUCCCUCCCGGGGCUGAGGGGCGAGUAUAUAAAGGGAGCUGACAUCAGCAAACACACAGAGAGCUGAGGAAUCUCAGCCUCAUCUGUGAUUCUAUCCGCUUUUCGGCUGCGCAAAAAAAAAAAGAAAAAAAAGAAGAAGCGCCAUGGGAAGCAUUUCCACUGGAGCCCCGACCGCCUCCGCUACUGUGCGGCACCAGCUCAAAUGUGCCGAAAAAGAAACGCGCCUGCAGGAAAACAAUGACGAACAGUGCUCUGGUCUCUCCAAGGUCUGGUUGGCGUACAAACACGCGUCGCAGCAGCUGAGUUCGUCCGGAAUCAAAGCGGGCUUAGGUCUACUUAAAGUAGCCACGUCUCAGUGGAAACAGGAGAAGAAGACAGGCGGCGCAAAGAGCAGCCAUCCCGCCAAGAGAUCCUCGCUGGAUCAGCUGACAGCUUUAGUCUUUCCCGGCCCGACCCGUCGCAGCGGUCUGGAGCACCGACAGGACCCGCUUUACCUCACCAAGCCGCAGAACUGUAAACGCAUCGUAGUUCUCGGUGCGCCACGGGUUGGUAAGACGGCCAUCCUCAGAAGAUACCUCCGGGACGGGUUUGUGGAGGAGUACAGUCCGACCUCUGAGGAUUUCCUUAGGAAGUUGUUUUGCAUCCGCGGGGAGACCUACCAAAUAGACAUCCUGGACGCUUCCAGGGAGAGGGAUUUCCCGGCCAAGCGGCGUCUCUCCAUUCUCACUGGAGAUAUUUUCCUACUCGUCUUCAGCCUCGACGACAAGAGCUCUUUCGAGGAGGUGUGCAACCUGCGAGAGGAGAUUUUGGCCGCUAAAUCCAAACUCACCAAGUCCUCGGUGCCGGGGCACUGCGCACAGCCGCGGGUCCCGCUUGUGGUCUGCGCCAACAAAGCGGACCUUGACUCCCAGAGAGGGAUUUCACGCGCAGAAGUGCUCAAAGCACUCGGGGGUGACUGCACGUACUUUGAAACAUCUGCGAAGGACAGCACCAACCUCGACAAAGUCUUUGAGACUCUGGCGAAGCGGGGCGGCCUUCCGACGGAAACGGGUCCGUUUCAGCACCGCAAAGUGUCCCUCCGCUCGUACCAGGCCAUGCGGACGGACCGGGCGGCGUGGAAGGGAGGAAGGGUGGCGAGGCGCGAUGACCCCUGCGGCACCCUGUACCCGCUGGCCCGUCGACCGAGCUUCACCACUGAUCUUAGGCAGAUCCUUGGGCCACGUAAGGGGACAAAACCGGGCCAAGGACUGGAGAAAUGUCAAAUUCAGUAACGGACUGAGAGCGAUUGAAACAACGCAUGAGCACUUUUAUUCUCGAAGAAAUGUCAAUAAAUCAUUUGACUUUGAUUUUUAAAAUAAAUAUAUCAAUUAUUUUUUAAUAAAAUAAAGCGUGUUU